AUGUCACCGAACUUCAAACUCCAGGCUUACUUCAUUCUGAUCCUCCUGACUGCUCUAAGGGGAGAGAGCCGCUACCUAGAGGUGCAAGAAGCAGCGGACUAUGACCCUUUCUUGCUCUUCAGCGCCAAACUGAAGCGGGACCUGUCCGGGGAGCAGGAGGAGCAGCCGUAUCGCCGAGCUCUGCGGUGCCUGGACAUGCUGGGCCUCCCUGGCCAGUUCACCUUCACCGCUGACCAGCCGCAGCUGCACUGCGGCGUCUUCUUCAUCGGGGACCCCGAUGAGUUCAUCACCAUCCACUUCGACCUGGUCUCCAUCGACUGCCAGGGUGGGGACAUCCUGAGGGUAUUUGAUGGUUGGAUCCUCAAGGGGGAGAAGUUCCCAAGUUCUCAGGAUCACCCUCUACCCACCACGAAGCGGUACACAGAUUUCUGUGAGAGUGGUCUUACCAGAAGGAGCAUCACAUCUUCCCAGAAUGUGGCCAUGGUCUUCUUCCGGGUCCAUGAACCAGGAAAUGGAUUCACACUAACCGUCAAGACAGUUCCCACCCUCUUCCCUUGCAAUGUCAUCUCCCAGACUUCGAGCGGAAGGUUUACUCUGGUGGUCCCACACCAGCACCAAAACUGCAGCUUCUCCAUCAUCUACCCUGUGGCAAUCAGAAUCUCUGAUCUCACCUUGGGACACGAGCCUGGCCUUCAGCUGAAGAAACCCUCGGAUGACUGUGGUGGGACUGGCGACUUCGUGGAGCUGUUGGGAGGAAAUGGAUUGGACCCCUCCAAGAUGAUGCCUUUAGCAGAGCUGUGCUUCCCCCUUCGAGGCCCUGUCCAGAUGAAAAUCAGCUGUGACAACAUCGUGGUGCGCAUGGUCUCCAGCGGAAAACAGAUCAACCGCGUGACAUUCGAGUAUCGCCAGCUGGAACCGUCCGAGCUUGAAACCUCGAACGGAAAUAGCAUCCCGGAAUUCUGUUUGUCUCGUCCCGAAUAA